ACAUGGAACUCGAACGAGGACUGUGAUGCUUAGCAUGGGAUGUGUAUUCAAUUCAUUCAAGACGAACAACAACCAAAAAUACGAUGUCGUUUUCAAUAAUGACCAUUAUCGGAGAAAUCAAUGAUUAUUUAUAUAAAUAUAGUUAGAUUAGAUCAUAGUCAUAGAUGAUAGAACAGAGACAAAAUCAAAUAAUCAAUCCCAAUCAAUGGAGGUUAAAGCCAGAGCUCCCGGAAAAAUCAUCUUAGCCGGGGAACACGCCGUUGUUCACGGAUCAACCGCCGUUGCUUCUUCUAUUGACUUAUACACCUACGUUUCUCUCCGCUUUUCCACUCCUUCUUCUGAGAAUGAAGAAUCGUUGAGACUUUUGUUAAAGGAUACGGCAUUGGAAUUCGAAUGGCCUAUAAGUAGAAUAAGAGAAGCUUUUCCUGAAUCUGUUUCUUUGUUAUCUUCAACUCCUAAUUCAUGUUCUGUUGAGUGUGCUAAAUCAAUUGCUUCUUUAGUUGAAGAGCUUAAUAUACCUGAAGCUAAAAUUGGACUUGCUUCUGGUGUUGCCGCUUUUCUUUGGUUAUAUUCUUCUAUUCAAGGAUUUAAGCCUGCUACUGUCGUUAUUAAUUCUGAUCUUCCUUUGGGAUCGGGUUUGGGUUCAUCCGCGGCAUUCUGUGUGGCACUGGCGGCUGCAUUUCUUGCUGUCACUGAUUCUGUUUCUGUGGAUGUGAUACGGCAAGGAUGGCAUUCUUUUGGGGAGAAGGAACUUGAUUUGGUAAAUAAAUGGGCUUUUGAAGGCGAGAAGAUCAUCCAUGGAAAGCCAUCAGGAAUUGACAACACAGUUAGUUCAUAUGGUAACAUAAUCAGCUUCAAGUCUGGUAACUUGACACGGAUGAAGUCAAACGCUUCCCUUAAAAUGCUCAUUACCAACACGAGAGUAGGUAGAAACACAAAAGCAUUGGUGGCUGGUGUUUCUGAGAGAAUGCUGAGGCACCCAGAUGCCAUGGCUUUUGUGUUUACUGCUGUUGAUUCUAUCAGCAAAGAAUUGACUACCGUUCUCCAGUCACCUACACCGGAUGAGCUCUCUGUUACUACGUUAGAAGAGAAGGUAGAAGAGCUAAUGGAAAUGAAUCAAGGACUGCUCCAGAGUAUGGGGGUCAGUCAUGCCACAAUAGAAACUGUUCUUCGAACAACAUUGAAGUACAAGUUAUCUUCUAAGUUGACAGGAGCUGGUGGUGGGGGAUGUGUUCUGACAUUGCUUCCAACUUUGCUAUCGCCCACAGUUGUUGAUAAAGUGAUUGCUGAACUGGAGUCGAACGGGUUCCAAUGUUUCACUGCCGGAAUUGGUGGGAAUGGUGUUGAAAUUAGUUUUGAACAUUCAUCUUAAUGUCUAUUUUUUAUUUUUCCUAGGAGUGAAGUCAAUGAUCAAGGGAUCUGAUCCCAGAAUCAAUAAACAGUAUGGGAGUAUAUGUAUCUCUUUUUAACAUUCUUGUGCAUUUUUAAAAAAUUUAAGACAGGCCAAUGUAAUGUGGUAGCUCACACUCUUGUAGGGUAGAAGCUUUUGCUCAGUUGUUUGUUUACUUCCAUUACUGAUUGUAUUUGUUCAUCUGAUUUAAAGUGAAAUUCAAUUGUCUUUUUACAGUCAAAAA